UUAAGCUCUAAAAACGGUUUUUCUUCGUUAUUUCGUGAGUUUUAACGCUAUUUAAGGAUAGAUUAAUGAAUUAUCUAGUGUAGGGAUGAAUAAAAGCAAGAAAUGGUGGUGUAAUAAGGAAGAUAUGGUGUUUUAAAGACAGGGUGGGUUGUCAAGAUGGCAGAUUGUGGUGUAAAUAUUAUUCAAUAUAUAUUAAUAACUUCUAAAACGGCUAUUAAAUUAAAUUCUAGCAGCAAAAAAUUAAAUAGAAAAUUAUUAACUUAUAUUCUGACCACUUUUAAUAUAGAAAAAACACGAAUAAUACCUUUAAAAAAUAAAUAAAUAAAAAAACCCAGAUUAUCAUACCCUGGCAACCAUCGUACCAGGAACCAGCAACUCUCGUACACCGACUGAAGGGACAGAGACAUUUAAACCCCUGGGAACUUAGUCAAGAAACCCAGUGCCACCCGGAGUGUCAGAGGGAGAGGUUGUCGCUCCGAAGCCGCGCCCUUAUAAGUGCAUUUCUAAGUGACUUAAGUGAUGGGCAUUGGCUGUAAAGUGCUGUGUAGGCAACCAUGGUAGUGCUAGAGGCCCCGGCAGAAUCGAAUAUGGCACCUCCGCAUCACUUCGACUGGGACAUCAAUGAUACUAACAUCCCAAAGGUGAGCGAGUUUGACCCCUUUAUUGAGUGGACAGACGGACACUGCCGGUUUGUGUACCCGAUGGAGCAGGAGGAGGCCAAGCGACACUCUUCUGGCUGGGCAAUGAGAAACACGAACAAUCACAAUGUUAAUAUAUUGAAGAAAUCCUGCCUUGGAGUAGUGGUGUGUUCCCUAAGGUGUACACUUGACGGUGGACUGAAGGUCCAUCUCCGCCCGGCAAUCUGCGACAAGGCGAGGAAGAAGCAACAGGGUCGACCGUGUCCCAAUAAGUCAUGCGCUGGGAGACUGGAGGUCCUUCAAUGCCGCGGCCACUGUGGGUAUCCAGUGACGCAUUUCUGGAGACACACUGAACACGCUAUAUUCUUCCAGGCCAAGGGCGUCCACGAUCACCCACGACCGGAAGCCAAGAGCACUGCUGAAGCCCGCCGGAGUCUCACAGGGCGAGGAUUGGGGGCCACUUUGCAAGCCCCGCCCCAUUCCAGACCCGCACUGCCCCGCCACCACCACCACCACCACCACCACCACCACAACAACAACAACAACAACAACAACAACAGCCAGGGCGUACGGAUGGCUGGAAGUAAGAGAUCCCUCCCUCCCCCCCUACCUCCCUCCUCUAGUGGGGGUGUGGGCGCCCUCCCCCCACCCCACCUCGGGCCCCCCCCCACCAAGAUGGCCCGCUCUCUCCCUCCUCCGCUUCUACCUGAUCAAAAUCUGCCAGUGUGUUCCUGUUCUCCUUUUGAGUGUUGCUGUCUUCCACCUGCCACUCACUACCCUUCAUUGGCCACCGUCCCUAACCCACGGCCGCUACAAGCCUUCCCUUCCAACCACCUUGAAGCCUUUCCUCAGCCUUGCCCAGAGUGGUCUAUCCCCGGGAGUCAACACUCAAGAGGGGACUACCUUUUGCCGGACACAUGGACGUCACAGUCACAGGGAGGUGUCGAGGUGAAUGCCUGGCUCGAUCUAAGCUCCCAUGAUCCUUUGAGGUACUCCAGUGGCGGCCUGACCCAGUGUGUGACCCCAGCGGAAGCGAAGAAUGACUUAGUCUUCACGGGUGAUUUGAAAAGUGACUUAGUUUUUCAUGCGAGUUUGAAAAAUGAGGUUGACUGUUUGUUCUCGCUGGAAACCGCUCUGCAGCCUCAAGAUAUCUUUGCUCUCGAUACGCCGAGGUCCAGGAACGCUGACCUCAGCAGUACACAAGACACUCAGCAUUUAUUUACCUCCAGAUACAGCCUUCCAAACACUGCUGCUGUUGAUAGUGCUGCUUCAAAUGCUGACUGCCACGCUAGGGUAAAAACGCCAGGCAAUACUCUAGACUCUGAACUCAGCACUGAGGUAGACAAUCAGCACUUGUAUACUGGUAGAUACAACCUUCCUAACACUGCUGCUACUGCUGCUGCUGACUGCCAUACAAGAGUUAAGGAUGCUAGUGAAAGCAUUAUAGAGGCUGACCUCAGCGCUGCGGCGGAGGCUCAGCAUUUGUUCACUGAGAGAUAUAACAUUACUACUGCUGCUGAAAGUGCUGACUGCCACACAAGAGUCAAAAUCGACACAGCUACCUACCCGUCGAAUGCUCUGAACUCAGCACACACAACACCGCAGCUCAGCACACUAGAGAGAACUGAAACAGCGCCAAAUUUCACCUCAGAGAGCGCUAGUAUACCUUUGAACACCUCUGAAGUCAGCCCGGAGGAGUCAGCAGCAACCACUCCGCAUGCUGAAUCACCACAUGUCAACUCAGCGCACACAGCAGCUGGGAUACCAGAGUCAGCAGCCAGACGAUUAAUUCAAUGCCUUGAUGAAAUUAUGACAGAGUGCGAUUUUCUAGAGUGCGCUGAUCAGAAACGCUACGGAUUAGAACUCGCUGAGAAACACGCUGAGGGGCUUCGCAGUGACGGUAGAAACAGGGAAGGACACUCCCCGCCAACCCUUCUCGACCUCGGAAGUGGUACGCUAUUCCCGCCACCUGCCACAAACCCACAAACCGCUAAUACUACCGCUCUCUCGAAUUACGCGAAUCAUUCCUAUUACUACGAUGCUUACGAUGCGCGAGAGAAUGUUCCGCAGAAUUACGAUGUUACUAUUUAUACAUCAGCUUAUUGUCUGAGUGAAGAUAGUAAAUUAGAGGCGCCUCAGUCCGUUCAUCAAGGGAACGCUCCAAAUACUGUCAGUUGAGUGUGUGUCUGUGUGUGUCUGUGUUUGAAGAGUGCGUGUGUGUUUGAAUAGUGCGUGUGUGUGUGUGUGUGUGAGAGGAAAUAUAGUUUUUGUCAAUUAUUAUUAUUAUUAUUAUUAUUA